AUGAAACCCAUGGGCAAAUCCGGUCCCAGCAUCACCGGUAAUACCAAUAUCAAUAACAACAGCAUUGUUCACGAUGCUGCCGACUCGGAUUUGCUCCUCUGCACGGCGACGGCAGCGCUGCGCGAUCGCCACCCGCCCGUUGCGGCGAACGGUGGUAUCCGCAGUCAGCAGCAGCAGCAGCAACAACAUCAGCAUCACAACGAGGAUCGAAGCGUACCGAAGCAACAGCGCUUUCAGCCGCAGGCGGCGGAAACUCUGCGUUGCCUAGAAACGCGCAGCGUCGCAUCCCAGGUGCGGUCAGCUGCUCCUGCUCAGAUCGUUGCCUGGAAUGGAGGGUUACGGGCCAAUUUCACGGAAACGCCGAAAGAAACAGCGGCCAGCGUUGACGUGACGGAUGGUGGUGGUGCCGUCAAACUGGUGCCGACCGCGGAGAUCGAAGUAGAUGAUCCCUAUGCGGAGCUGGAACGGAUCUUGGAAAAGGCUCAGGCGGAAAUAUCGGAAAUGUUCGCCCAAACCGUGCGAGCGGAAAAAAUGAAGGCGGUCGCCACAUCCGUCCCUUCGCCGGAGCCAGAAGACGGAAGUCAAGUAAGGCGAACGAGCGACUCCGAACAGGCACGCCGUGAUGACCGCGGCAGGGAGGUACGAAGAGAAGGAAGUAGUGGCUUACAGCAGCAGCAGCAGCAGCAACAUCACCAAGAGCACGCUAGUCAACACAGAAAGUACGCUACCAUUCCGCAUGCCAGUGUGGCAACAACGCCGUCCCGCAAUGCCGCCUUUGCCAGGCGAACGGCAGAGGAGGGUGAAGCGAAACGGACCAGAAACACGCUCGAUCCCCGGUAUCGAUCGACCGAACUGGAAGUGGUCAGUGCAGCGGCGACGACGGGAGCUGCUGGAGGACGAGGGACAACCCCGGCGGCAGCUUCAUCUGCUUCCAGUUUGCUGCUGCAAACGUCAAGCGAUUCCAGCAACAACGGAUACGGUGGGCGGACGGAACUAUCCGACAGUUUGUCCGAUGAUAUGAGCCUCCUGGAUGUCGGUGCACCGUACACCGAUGGCGCGCGGGACGACUGUGCUGGAGAUGAUGAGACGACUUCCGAUGAGAUGGUUAUGCACUCCUUCAAGUGCCACCAUCAACAUCCAUCCGGUCCGGCCCCAGGAACAACGAUAGCCGCGACGACGACAACGACCCCGGCGACGGUCUUCAGGUCUUCAGGGUUUUACCGCAAACAUACCGAAUCGCCCCCGAGCGACAGGAGUAUGAAGACGAGCACCAACAGCCUCCCGUCCAUGGCAGGCACCGCCCAUCGCAAUCUGGCGUUGCACCUAAAAUUCAAAACCCAUCAGAGUGCGAUCGAUGCGAAGCGAAAGCAAUUUUUCCUCGCCCUUGACCAGGAACCGUUCCAACCGCUCAAGUCCAACAUGGCGGAUCUUCCGUCUCCGAGCAGUACGUCGCUGCACAGUGGCCACAACCAUCUGAUCGCGGAAGAGCUCGGCUCCAAGUCCAGCUCUGCGCCGGUGCUGCUGAAGGACGAGGAAAAUGGUCUCACCGUGCAACGGGCUAAUCUGCGUUACUCGAGAUCACAAAGCGAUCGUCAUCUAGCUGAAAUCGAAGCCAUCGAAGCGUGUCGCUGGCUACGCGCGGCUGGAUUCCCGCAAUACGCGCAAAUGUAUGAAGAUCACCAGUUCCCGAUCGAUGUGGAGAACGUGGAGAAAGACCAUCCGUUUCUGGAGAGUGAUCCGCUUCAGUCGCUGUUCCGUCGGCUGCACACGCUCAAUCGGUGCGCAAACAUGCAUCUUGAUGUGCACCAGCACCACCACACACCAAAACCGUCGCAACGCGAGGAUUCGGACGACGACAGUUGCGCGCUCAGUGAGGCGUGGACUUUUCAGCACAACAGCCGGCGCUGGUCACGUGUGGACGAUGCGAUCGGUUUGGUGAGCGUGAUCGCCAACAAGCAACAAAAGUCAUCCGGUCCGACGAAAGACGCCCCUACCAAAGGUCCGACCGAUUCGAUCGAUUCAGCAACCGCGGCCUCGAACGGAUCACGCCAUUCGCGCGCCAAACACGGCGGGACUGCCCUGGUGCGCGCCGAAGAUCACGAAAAGCUGUGGCUCGAGGGCGGCGGAAAGAUCACAAUCGGUGUACCGUCCGAUACGGAUUCACAGGACGAUAGUGCCGGGGCGGUGCACCUGCGACGCACCGGUAGCGAGCGGUUGAAGGACGGUGCCAAAGCCAUCCUGCGGCGCGUUGAGUCGAUAAAAUCGCGCCGCCGAAAGAAGCAGUACCGCGAUGGAUUAAUCAUCCUGGCGCCCCAUGCGAACAAUCACCUUUCCCCGCAUCACCACCGGGGCGCCGAUGGCGAACUCAUCAUUGGCCCGGACAUCAUGUCCUACUCCAAUCCCACUUCGCCGCGUCCGUCCGCCGAGAUGCUGCAGUUUGACGACGGACUGGCGAUGAUGGGUCGUCACAAGAAUCUCUUCUCGAUGGAACCGGCGUCGGGUGACGGGCAGGAGCGCAAUCUGCUUUCGCCGUAUAUGCCGAACGCGGCGAACGCUUGGUCACCGGUGACACCGCUGAUGCAACGAGGCGGCAGCGGCGGCGAUCGCAACACGCCGAACGUGUUGCUUCCGUUCCAGGUACAGCUCCAGCAGCAGGAAGCUCGCUCCGGUGACGAUUCUUCGUCCAUCUGCAGCGAAGACAGUGGCGGCGGUCCGGGAGUUGAGUUCGAUUCGGCACCCCGGCACACUGGUGGUGGCGGCAGCGGCCGGGGAGAGAAGCUACGGUCAAAGUACGCGCGGACUAAGAAAGCGUUGCGCAGCAAAGUGAUCGCGAGUACGGUGGACGAUUAUCGUGAUUCGUGCGGUGGUGGUACCCUGUCCGACUCGGAGUAUCAAUCCAAGCAACGUCGCUCGAAGAUCAAGGUUGAGCUUGAUCGGGACACCGGUGCCAGUGUGACCACCUCCUCCGGAUCGCCGGCAGGGACGGCGCCGAAAACAAACAACACCACCAACAGCACACUGGCACCGCCAGUCACUUCGUCGAAGCUGCACCGCGGAGGAUCGCUGAACCUCGGUAAAGCCUCCAAGCGAUAUCGUGACGCGUUCAGCAACCGGUCCGUGCGGCACAGCACCAAAGCGUCGAACGACGAGUGGGGCGAAGGUGUAGGGCGCGGUGGUAGCAAACGAUCGACGGUCGCUCGCUGGCACAGCUUUCAGCAGCCCAAAGUUUCACCGAUCGAAGUGGUGCAGCAACAGCCAGCGGCAGCGGCCCCGGCACCCGAUCAUCUGCUGACCGUUGCUAGCAUCCAUCCGGUUAAGGAUGGCGAUGCGCAGCGUAAGCAGCAACACAAACAGUGGCAACUAGUCAGCAGUACGAACGCAACCGGUACCACCGGAAGCAGACCUGUGGAAGGGGCCAAGCAGCUGCCACUCGAUUCUGCGGCCACCGGCACUGCAGCUGGUGGCGCACGUUCGAGUGGGCCCGGGCUACGAAUGUCGGAAAUGUCCUGCGGACAGUUGCUGGUGGUUCGGAAACUGGGGCUAGUCAAACUUACCGGGUACAUGGAGCGCCACUGUCCGACGCAUCGGUCCGGCUGGAACUGGGACCUGCCGAAGUUUAUCAAGCGCAUCAAAACUCCCGACUACAAGGAUCGGAAGGUGUUCGGUAUGCCGCUGGUGCUGAAUCUGCAGCGGUACGGCAGCACCGUACCGUACACGAUACGGAUGGCGUUUGCGUGGCUCGAACGCAACGCACUCGAUCAGGUCGGGCUGUUCCGGAAGCCGGGCGUAAAAUCGCGUAUCGCAAAGCUCAAGUCGGUGAUCGAGACGAGCAACGACGUGGGGUGCCGAAGUGAGCUGUUCGACGAGUAUCACGCUUACGAUGUGGCAGACCUGUUGAAGCAAUACUUUCGCGAGUUGCCCGAUGCGCUGUUAACGGCAAAGCUGUCCGAAACGUUUAUCGCCAUAUUCCAAUAUCUGCCGGACGAGGUGCGUGCCGAAGCGGUCCAGUCGGCCAUUCUGCUUUUACCCGACGAACAUCGGGAGGUGCUGCAUUUGCUGCUUACAUUCCUUGAUAAGGUAGUGCAAAGUUCUUCCCUCAACCAGAUGACGGCCAACAAUCUGGCUGUUUGUUUUGCGCCCUCACUGUUUUACUUACUCACCGGCAACAGAUACACCACGGCGUCACCGAGGAGAAAGAAAACAGGUACUGGCUCCGGUACGCCGGACGAACGGGAACUUUCGGAAGCGAAGGCGUCGCACGAGUGUCUCGCCUUCAUGAUCGACCGCUUCCACAGUCUGUGGACGAUCACCAGCGAUCAGAUGCGAUGGUGUAACUUCAACUACAUGGACGAAUCGAAACCGGUACCGCUCGCUUCGUUGGGCGCCGAAAUGCACGUUCAAAACUGGCGUGGCUACUUGUCGGAGUGCCUCAAUGAGUGCCUGCGUCAAGGACGCGAACGGCCACGUGGUUGGGUGUCGUUAAGCUCAACCGAUCCUUCGGUGGCCGUGUUCUUCAAGAAGGUUGGAGACGGCCACCCGCUGCGGCUGUGGAAAUGCGUUACGGAGGUGGAAGCCCCACCGAUGGAGGUCAUCCAGCACAUCGUCAACGAGCGGCCCCUGUGGGACGCCUAUCUGCUCAAAUGGCGCACGAUCGAGCAACUCGAUCAGGAUGCUGAUGUCUUCCAGUAUGCGUGCGGCCAACCCAUCACCGAGUACUGCGUCGUUCGUCAAUGGAAAAACGAUCUUCCCCGUGGGGCGUGCGCGAUCGUGGAGCUGUCGAUUUCCCACGAGAACGCAACUCCGUUGCUGGGAGGCGUCGCUGGAGUGGUGCUAGCGUCGCGCUACCUUAUCGAACCGUGCGGCAGUGGCAAGUGCAAACUGAUGCACCUGUCGCGCGUCGACAUGAAAGGCCGGACGCCCGAUUGGUACAACAAAAACUACGGCCACAUCUGUCAGCAAUACCUGUCGAAGAUUAAGAAAUUCUUCGAACACUGCACCGAGGGACCUGAGACUAAAGUGUAAACGUAAGUACGCAGCGCAAGUGACGCCACGACACGGUGCCAAGAAAACAGACGGGGAUCGCGUGUAUGCGUAGCAAUAUGAUCAUAAUUCUAUGCUAAGCGAAGCUCAGCGUGGUGUACAAAACUAGAAAGGGCGCAGCAAGGCGGACGAAUCUCAAAUUGCGCUCUUUGACGGGGAUGUUUUGUCGUUAAUGAUCUUUUCUUGUUGUACGAGAAAAGCAGCUCCACCAAAAGUGUGUGCCCUUCGCCCGACCGUACGUGUGUCCCACCCCCCGUUCUGAACCAUUUGUUCGUACUGGGCGCAUUAGUUGGGACAAAGGCUUCCGCGGGAUGAGCGGAAUAGGGGGAAAAUACGGCCCAACCUACGAACCAGUUUGAUUCCCAAAACAUUCCAAACCUUCAUUACCAAGUGCCUAUUAAAAUCAAACAUUAUACACAAUAACACGACACGAUGUUGUUUAUCCCCGGGGGGAGACGCCCGGCACCAUUGUUGUCCAUGUUUGUCCAUUGUUAUUGGUGCGCGUUCCACAUGUAACUACGUAUGUAUUGAUAAGAACAACUGUUUCGUCGGUGACUCUCUUGCUACAGAGCACAGGGUUUCAAGAGGCGCGCAUUGUAUUAAAGCAGAAAAGCAUCCAGUUAGAAAGAGUAGUAGAUGACAGAGCCACUCUCAACUAAAACUAGUCCAAUCACACAAAUCUUAACCCAAAAUACGUUGCAACAGCCUGUUUUUGUUGGAGUUCGUGUACGACUUUCUACUUGUAAUAUAACCGUGUCGUAGUUGCAUUAUACCGUUACAAACCAUCCAGUUAGUCUGUUUUACACAUUUAGCGUUGACUAGUGUAGCAUUUAAUUUGUUAAGCUUGUUUUUUGUUUAUUACUAGCGUUAGGAACUUUGCAUUCGAUCGAAGGCAUUGAGCAAAAGCAUACACAUCAUUUAUCAGGCGUGUGGAGUAGUCACGUAGUCAGUUAAGUUAAGAAGAUGGAAAGCAAACAAUUGAAGGACCGUGAAAACCACACAACCCAAGGGACCAACAAGCACCAAAAAUCGGCGACAUCAACAGGUUUCAUCACCAGAAGACCCAACGCACACCUUCCGUGCUGUUGUUGAUGGUGGCAGUAAAGCAGAGACUCAGAUCACCCAGUGAAAACACAGAUAUUCUUUCCGACGCUGCCGUAGGAUCUGUAAAAACGGAUCAGAACAACCCUUACAAACAUACACACGCAGCUGGUGCUUGCAGGCAGGUCACGUUCGACAUUACUCCUACGGUGUGGUGAUAAGCACCAGCACCGGGUUUUG